AUGGAGCGCCGCCCUGGGUCCGCACACCAACGCGGCGGUCGGUGGUUCCCAUACCUCGACAAGUUCAGCUGCGGCUGCGGGGAAGAUGCUUAUCUCAGCAGCGGUGAGGUUCUGGAAGCUUUGGAUCCGUACAUAUUGGAUGUGAGGAAGGAGAGGUUCAGGAACGCGGUGAAGAACCGGAGCUACUCGGUGUGUUUGGUGGUUGAAGGGUUGGGCGAUUUCGGCAACGUCUCUGCCGCGUUUCGGUCCCUCGGGUUUCAGUCGGUUCUUGUGCUCUUGUGCGACAGCUCCAAAAGGUGCAACGGCAUGUAUAGAGACAAUCGCCAUGUCAGUAUGGGGGCAGAGAAAUGGUUGGACAUUGAACUUUGGAACUCUACUCCAGAGUGCUUUGAAGUUCUGAAAUCGUGUGGUUAUCGAAUUGCCACAACGCAUGUGGGCAUGGAUGCGGGGAAUAAGUGA